AUGUCUUUCAAGUGUGGCUCGACUGAGACUCAAGUCGACUACUCGAACUCGGGCGCGCGGAAGUCGCACGCGGUCAAUGUCCAGUUAAUUUUCGCCUGUACAGUGUUCGGUGCCGCAUCAUUCUUGUACGGAUUCGAUGACAAGAUUAUAUCCCCGGUUGCUGCAUUGCCGGAUUUUGUCGAGAAAUUCCAAGGACCUAACCCAGUCACUGGGCAGUAUGUCCUCACGGCUCGCAAUCAAAAUCUAGUUUUCUCCCUUCCAUUGGUGGCGUCCGUGAUCGGAGGUCUGCUUGCUUCGCCACUGAAUUUCCACCUUGGUCGCAAAUGGCCUUUGAUUAUUGCGUAUUUCAUAUCUAUCGGUGGCGGAUUGCUGCAAGUCUUUGCGCCAAAUUUGGGGUCCUUUGUGGGAGGUCGUUCUAUCAAUUCGGUUGCUUUGGGUAUCAUAAAUGCAACUGCCCCUUUGUAUAUCUCCGAGGUGGUUCCCGCCUCUAUACGUGGAAGAUGCGUCAGUUCAAUGAAUAUUUUGAAUCUAACCGCUGGCGUGGUAGGUACUGUGGUGGUCUUCAGAACUGAAAAGAUUGAAGGGAACCUAUCGUACCAGAUUCCAAUGGCUGUACAAUGUGCUCUGCCUGUGCUUCUUCUGUUCCUAACGGUGCCCCUUCCAGAAAGCCCGCAAUGGCUGGUCGGGAAGGGAAAUAUAGAAAACGCUCGACGCAACCUGCGGAAACUGCGUGGGUCCAGUGACGACGAGGUUGAAGAUGAACUCCGUCUCAUGAUGCUGUCUGAAGAAAAUGAGCGCGAGAUACACGCCCAGACCAAGUUCUGGCAUAUAUUCCAACGAGAGCACCUCAAGCGUACCCUCACUGCGGGCUCAUUUUUCUCUCUUAACCAAAUAUCAGGCGUCAUUCUUUCAACAACGUAUACAACCGUCUUCCUCACAGUACUAGGGGUUGCAGACGUCUUCGCCCUGACAAUCAUCUCAUCCUGCUGCACAUUAGCCGGCACUAUGGCCGCACCCUUCGUCAUCGACCGUGCCGGUCGACGUCCCACGGCAUUCGUCGGAAUGGGGAUUCUGUUCGUAAUCGACGCCGUGGCUGGUGGCUUAGCUUUUGACAAUAGCAACAAGAAAGCCACUAUGGCCAUUGCCGCUUUGUCCUUCGUAUUCAACUUCUUCUGGGCCUCUUCCUUCUUCUCGCUGUCAAUCCUAAUGCCCUCCGAGAUGGCAACUCCCAAACUCCGCCACCACACCAUGGCCUACACGAUCGCCUGUGCACAAACAACCGCCGUUAUCACCACCCUCGUUGUUCCGCAGCUGACUUCGGCGGAUGCAGCUAACCUUGGUGCGAAGACUUAUCUCGUCUUCGCUGCCUGCAUGGCUGUUAUCAUUGUCUUUUUCUACUUUUUCAUGCCGGAGACGCGUGGCCGGACUUUUGCUGAGAUUGAUGAGAUGUACGCGGCUAAGAUCCCUAUGUGGAAGUGGAGGUCGUAUGAGACUUCAUUGGAGUUGAGGGCCCGUGAAAAGGAUUUGUGA